UUCACUCAACAUCCGGCCAGGGCGGGGGAUGGGCGCUGCCUAGAUGUCGGUGUCAGUGAGGUGGAGGCGGCUUUGGCGCAUGCGCCUCGGGAGGUGUGGCACUCGCGGCCACCUGAACUCAGCCUUCAUCUGUUCCUGGGGGCUCAGGGAGUGGCGAGGAUGUUUUUGGGAAGGUGCCUGGGGAGCAUUUAAGGUUGUUCUGGCGGGUGCAUGGAAGAGAGUCAGAGAAACAGCACCAAGACUAAACCAUUUAGAAGAAUGGAAGCUAAUACAUCUGUUGACAUGUUUUCAAAAGUCCUGGAGAAUCAAUUGCUUCAGACUACCAAACUAGUGGAAGAACAUUUGGAUUCUGAAAUUCAGAAACUGGAUCAGAUGGAUGAGGAUGAAUUGGAACGCCUCAAAGAAAAGAGACUUGAGGCACUAAGGAAAGCUCAACAGCAGAAACAAGAAUGGCUUUCAAAAGGACAUGGAGAAUACAGAGAAAUACCUAGUGAGAGAGACUUUUUUCAGGAAGUCAAGGAGAGUAAAAAAGUGGUUUGCCAUUUCUACAGGGACUCCACGUUCAGGUGUAAAAUAUUAGACCGACAUUUGGUAAUAUUAUCCAAGAAACAUCUGGAGACCAAAUUUCUGAAGCUGAAUGUGGAAAAAGCACCUUUCCUUUGUGAGAGACUGCGUAUCAAAGUCAUUCCCACACUAGCACUGGUAAAAGAUGGAAAAACACAAGAUUAUGUUGUUGGAUUUACUGACCUAGGAAAUACAGAUGACUUCACCACAGAAACUUUAGAAUGGAGGCUGGGUUGUUCUGAUAUUCUCAAUUACAGUGGAAAUUUAAUGGAGCCACCAUUUCAGAGCCAAAAGAAAUUUGGAACAAACUUCACAAAGCUGGAAAAGAAAACUAUCCGAGGGAAGAAAUAUGAUUCAGACUCUGAUGAUGAUUAGAAAUUAAUUAUAAUUCUUUGUAAAUUGUCUUUUUAUUUCUGCUUCAAAGUUAGAUGUGUUUUCUAAAUUCAGUUGGUUUUGAUACAUUGGUCAUCUAAUGGUCAUAUUCUAGAGUUUUGUACAGUUUCAUCACAUUGAAAGACAUCUUUAAUAUUUUCUGUGUGGCACUUGUGUUGAAGAAAACUGAGUUCUUAAAUUAUCCAGCAAGGGUCUGGAUUCUCUAUUUUUGAGAUUGAUUUUAUCACAAUAUAAUUCUUAGGUCUUUAUACCAUUCACAAUUGUGUUUUUAAUCUACUGGAUUGGAAAUAGGAAUUCAAAUUAUUCCAGGACUAAUUCUUACACAGCAUCAUUUCCUUUAUACAACAGGUCAAAUUACAUUUACUGGUGUAACAGACUCACUUGUAAAUGAAUUAUAAACACUCUUUACUUCUGGAAUAUAUUUAACUGUUAAAAAACUGCUUAUUUAUUCUGUA